AUGUGCAGAGCAACUCAAAGAAGAAAGAAACAAAAGACUUCCAAACAUUCUACAAAUACAGAUGUUGAUUCAAUAGCACUUGGUACAUCGUCAGGUGAUGUUCUUGUAUAUAAUGUGUCUGCCGGAGAAGUAAACCAGAGAUUGGAGGGAGGACAUGACAACAGAGUUAAUGAUCUGUGUUGGAGUGAAGAUGAUAGCACGUUGUAUUCUUGUUCAAAUGAUAAACAUGUAACAGAGUGGAACACAGAAAAUGGGCAAAGAAAAAGCAAAUGGAAAGCUGACAAACAUGGUGUAGCAUGCAUCAGACUUGGUCCAAAAGGAAAUACACUUCUCUCAGCUGGAAGAAAUAUUAAACUAUGGGACCUGGAAACCAAAGAAACACUUAAAAAAUUUACAGGUCAUGCAUCUCCAGUGUCACAUCUCUUGUUUAUUCCAAGUCCCCAGUCACAUGACUCAAACGCAAACCACAUUCCAAUUAAUGGUAUUAAUGGUCAAUACUUCAUUUCGGGAGCAGAGCAGGACAGAUUAAUGAAUAUCUGGUUUGUGAACUUAGACACACAAGACAAGACUGCAUUAGUCUCACUUUCGCUCACAGAUGAACCAAUUGCUGUUGAUGUUGUGCGGCACAGUAGUCGAGACAAGCCAAUUCACAUCGCUGUUGCCUCAAAGGAUGGUCAACUUCAUAUUUUUGAAUAUUCUCUAAAUGGUGGUGGUAAGAAGCCAUUAAGACCCACAAAAACAGUCCAGCUUGCAUCUUCAGAAAAAAAGGAAGGAACCCCGUCACCCAUACCAGUGUUAUGUGUCCGUUUGUUGUCUGGAAAAGAACCUGAAGUGUUGAUUGCCUAUGGUUCUACAGUGAAACCACAAUUUGAAACUUUGGCUUAUUCGACAAUGGAAGAACACACAUGCCUGAUGCGAGAGAACACGUCAAACCUCCUCCUGAACAACAGUUCACAUGAACCCUUUCAAGUCGACAAAGGUCAGGCUUCCUUUUCAGAGAUGACAACCCUGGGUGCAGGAAAUAUGGCACUGGCAACUCCUGCUCCACUGUCAGAAGAGGAUCAUACAACAACAAAAAGGAAAACAAGAGAUCUAAGAACAGAAACCCCAGAGGAACAGAGUAUUGAAGACCGGUUAAGAGCAAUAAACAAUGCAUCUUCGGAAACGCAAAGAAGGAAAAGAAGUGGUCCUCCAACAGCUGAUUCAUUGGCGCAGAUACUCAUACAGGCUCUUCAUAGUCAAGAUAAUACUCUUCUGGAGGAUGUAUUACGACAUGGAGGAAAGAAAGAGUCAGUUAUGAAAAACACAGUUAAAAGACUCCCUGUAACUCUAGCGAUUCCUUUCUUAAAAGAGCUUGUGCACAAAAUGGAAGCUACUCCUUGGAGGGGAGAACACCUGAUUUUAUGGAUCAAACAUAUUUUAAGUGCCCACAUGGCUUAUUUAAUGACAGUACCGGAUCUUGUGCACUCACUGAGUGGAUUAUAUGCCAUGAUGGAAUCACGUGUGGGUGCUUUUACUAAACUGUGCAAGCUUCAAGGCCGUCUGGACCUGAUGCUCUCACAGGUGGAUUCUCAGAGCUAUGGUGCCACAGAUGAGGAUGAGCAUGUUGAGCCUGCAGUUGUGUAUCAAGAGGAAGACUCUGAAGAGGAGCCUCUUGUGCCUAUGGAGACUGAACACUCAGAAUCUGAUGAAAAUUGGGAAGAGGAGGCAGAUGAGGAGUCAGCUUCAGAAUCAGAAGAAGAAAGUGAGACUGAAAUUGAAGAAAAUAAUGAAGACGAUGAAUCCGACGAGGAAAGUUGAAUGUACAAAUUCUCAAAAAACAGAUCACACUGUAAUUAGGUUUUACAGAAUAAAAAUAA